AUGUAUCAAACAUCGAAGGGCAGAGUUCUGUUUUUGCCACUCUCACUCUCUACCUCUACUUUAGUGCAACCAGCCGCAAGGAAUGCUCCCGACGUGAAAGCUAGGAACCCCUCUCAUAGUCCUGUGAAGGCACAAUCGUCUUCAAAAUGGGAAGCCGUCGAUGAUUACUUUAUGAAACGUUCCGCGAAAACUAGUAAACGGACGUUGGCAAAACUACGAGCAGAUCGUGAAAAUGGACUACCCGAUCUAGAAAAACUCGAAGCCUUAUUAUCUGAACAUCACCCUCCUUAUAAUGAUAGUUUGGAGAAGCGUCUUAAGAAGCUUGGCGACACCCUGCUACCGCAUUUUCGUAUAUAUCUUAUGGAAGGUUUUAACAUUCUUCUCUAUGGAGUCGGCUCCAAAUUAGAGUUGCUAUCUCGCCUGCAAAAGGAGUAUUUGAAUGGCGAUAAUUGUCUUGUAGUAUCAGGCUACUCAUCAACGGUCAGCAUUCGAAAGAUUCUCAAUGCAAUAGUCGAUGAGGUGAUGCUGGCGGAGGACACCCCUGCCGGCGUCGACAAGCGUUUGAAUCUUGUCAUCGAUCACUUUUCUCAAUCCGUCGCAGCGGAUGCUCCCCUCUUUUUGCUGAUCAACUGCAUAGAUGGAAGGAACCUGCGUACUGUAAGGGCCCAGGCCGUUUUAGCUCGUCUUGCUGCGGUUCCACACAUUCACAUUGUGGCCACUAUGGAUAAUGUUAAUUUGCCUAUUUUAUGGUCCCAAACCGAAGUCUCGCGGUUCUCCUGGAUCUGGGAGGAAUGCACAACUCUGCUGCCCUAUUCAGUCGAGGCUAGAUUUUCCAGCAGUCGUUUGCUACAGGAAAUCCUCGGAGGUAGUGGCAACGCGAGCAGUCAUUUGGUGGAUCGACACCUCUUUCUCAACUCUGACGUUGAUGUGGUGGCGCUCACCCGACUGCGACAUGUCAUGGCCUCGUUGACGCAAAACGUGCGCGAUAUCUUCCGCCUAUUGGUGGAGUACCAGUUGCAAGCAAUGGAGGAGGCCCAAGCAGCCCUACGCGCAAGAGCUGUCAAGAAGACAACGGAUGCUAAGGGCCCCUUAAAGACACGCAAAAUGAAUGAGGAAGAAGCAGUGCCCAAGGGAAUGCCACUGGAGGAACUGUACUGGCGCUGCCGUGAUGCUUUUCUGACUAAUACGGAAGUCACUUUGCGGGCUCAGUUGACCGAGUUCAAGGACCACAAACUCAUCAAGUUUUCAAAGGCAUGCGCUUUUAUUAUUCUACCUUACUUUGCAUUUAUGCCAAUUUUUCAGGGUUCUGGUGGAACCGAAUUGCUUCAUGUUCCCCUUGAUCUGGCCAGCCUCAGGGAAAUUAUUGAAAAUAAGGAAAUGUUUCCUUAA